AUGAAUAAAGAAUCUGUGACUACUUGUUUCGAGCCUCGUUAUUUUUUUAAUAAUGAGAAUAUCCCAUUCCGCACUUGGAAUAAUAAAACAUGGCAUAUAAUCGCUGAAGCGAAAGUUUCUUUUCAUAAAGAUGUAUUCCAAAAAGUUAUU